AUGGCGGCACCUCUGGAUAUCGACUACACGCGACGCAACAAGAAGCCGCGCCUCCUCACGGAUUCGGAGAGGGACAAGCUGGAUGAGUUUAUCGAUUCGAUACAUUACUCUUCACGGUACGCACCAACCACCACACAAGACCCCACCACCACCACCUUCAAAGCAGGGACGGGACACGGGACACGCGGAAAAGAUUGAAAAUUGCUGAUUCGGGGAGUGUGUGUGGUGUACAGAUACAGCGAUGACCACUUCGAAUACCGCCACGUGCAGCUCCCGAAGCAGAUGCUCAAAGCCAUACCGAAGGACUACUUUGACGGGGCCCGGGGGACGCUGAAGUUGCUGUGGGAGGACGAAUGGAGAGGUCUGGGCAUCACGCAGGUAAACAAAAACUCCCCCCCCUCCCCCACCUCAUGGAGAUUUGGAAUUCUUGCUGACUUGGGGAACCCUUUUUUCCCACACAACAGAGCUUAGGAUGGGAACACUACGAAGUCCACGAGCCGGAACCACAUAUCCUGCUUUUCAAGUAAGUCGAAAGCCUCAGCACACAAUUCCGCGCGCGCUGACUAACCUUCUCUCUCUCUCCCUUCCUCAGGCGACCCAUCAACUUCGUCCCCACCCAACAGUAG